GUUUGGUUUGGAAACAUUGUUUAGUCUUGCAGAAGAUCUUAUUUUCUCUCUUAUGGAAACAACGUAAAGUAGUUUUAUCUGAAUAAAGAUACAACUUUAAUGGAUUCCUUUAGAAAAUCCGGCAGGUCAACAGAACUCCUGACUGAAGACGACAGAGCUCAGUUUUCUUCAUGGAUUGGUCAGAGAUCACGUUUUGAGUUGCUGUACAAAAUUAGCAGAGACGGUUGUACUUCUAAAACUUUUCAUCAACACUGUGAUGGAAAAGGUCCCACCGUCACUAUCCUAUACAACACAGACAACACCGCUUAUGGAGGGUUCCUGUCUCAGAGUUGGGUGUCAUCUGGAACCCACAUCAAAGACCCAGAGAGUUUUUUGUUUACUUUAUCCUAUAAUGGGGUCCAAAAUAGAAGAAAAUUCCCCGUAACCAAUCCUAAAAAGGCAGCUUUUGGACACGUAUAUUUCGGACCAUCUUUUGGAGAUGUUAACGAGACAAAUUGGAGUGGAAGAGAGUCACCAAGGUUUCAAUCAAAAUUGCGUAUGGAAAGUUCCUCUGAUCUGACAACUUUUAGAGACACGGUCACUGCAUCACGAGACAAGGGCAGCGACACUUAUUUCUUUAAUCUGAACGGAAGAUCAGAUUUUGGUUCGGCUUACCAAAAACCAACAGUAAAUAUGAAUGCAAUCAACAAUGGUCACAUGUGUGUCUUUGAUCUAGAAGUAUAUUUAGUUAAAGCCUUUGUGCAAUAUAGUGCCUCUGAAUGUUUCUUUAUUGUAGCCGAAGAAAAGAUGCCAAGUUUAAAAGGGCCUGAUUUAACAGUCAUAUUAUCGAAACCAUGGAGAGAGACGCCUCUAUGGAAUGAACAGAAUUUGCAGUCUUUGAAAGACUUAGUCUCCAGUUACAAGCCUUUACCUGAUAUGAAGAUCUCAGAGGUCAAUAUUUUACUGGUAGGACAGAUCAACGCUGGAAAGUCUAGUUUUUUCAACUCUUUGAAUUCUAUUUUCCGAGGGGAAAUAUCUUCACGCGCUUGCGCCGGUACUUCACCCCACAGUCUUACAACGAAUUUUCGGAAAUACAGAAUUCGGAACCGUGAAACAGAAAGCUAUCUGAAUUUCCGGCUUUGUGACACCCGUGGAUUGGAGGAAGAAAUGUCCAUGCAUCUACAGGACAUGGCGCUUCUUCUGGAUGGACAUUUAUCAGACCAGUACAAAUUCAACCCAAUGGCGCAUGCAACCCACCAAGAUCCGGGUUUUGUCCUUAACGCGACGUUUCAGGACAAGAUUCACUGUGUGGCUUUUGUAGUGGAUGCCAGUUCAAUUGACGUCCUGCAAGCAAACGUUUCACAGAAACUGCUUCAUUUUCGUUCCUUGAUAGUAGAGAGGGGAAUUCCCAAUGUAGUUUAUCUGACAAAACUAGACAAGGUGUGUCCACUUGUUGAUGAAGAUGUACGAAGAGUCUAUCACAGCCAAGCCUGCAAACAAGCCCUGGAAACCGCGGCUGACGUAAUAGGAAUUCCUCGUGGUCACGUGUUUCCUGUCAAAAAUUAUGAAAAAGAGAGCCAAUUGCAAACUAAUAUAAGUAUUAUGGCACUGACUGCAAUGAGACAGACUCUGGUUUUUGCAGAUGAUUACUUGGAGGACAAAUAUGAACUCAGCCAGUCCCAACAGUAAAUCUGUUAUUGAUAACAGAAGUCCAAAACCCAAUUCUUAACUUACACAAAUGUUCAGGAUCAUAAGCAUUUCAAAUAUAAAAUGGCACUCGCAAACACCAAAUAAAUGUAUACUUUUUUAAUUAUUAUUAUUUGAUGCUGUUCUUGAUCAUAAGUAAGGUUUUGAGAUUCUAAGUGUCUGGAUAACAUGUGUCUUUGUUUUGAGAGUUUGAUUAUGAAUAAAAUUUCUGUCUUAUCUUCAAAGUUGUGUUCCAAAAGCAUUUAUAUUAAUUUAAAGUAUGUUUAAAAAGAUGGCCAAGAUGACUACAUACCCAUACCAUUUCCACAAUUAUAUUCACUACCUUUCGAUGAUUUUAUUUUGAAAAUUUGAAUGCAAACUUCUAUUAUUGAAACUGUCUUUUUUAUUCUGUAUCUUAAACAUUCUAUAUUCCAAAAACUUGAGGCAAAGCAUAAUAUCACAAACUGCAGAGGCAAUAAAUCAAAUGUCUGUUAUAUUUAGAUUCUGAAAACUAUUCAGGUCUUUUAAACUUAAAAUAAGGUACAAAACAACACAUUUGCAUCGACCAUUAUAAAUGCUUCAGCUUAUAUGUGAACUAAAUAAAUACGUAUAUUGACCACCAGGUAAUAUGCCAUUGGACACUGUACAUCGUAGACGUUAGGAAUAAAAUGUCCCUUUCAAAUACAAAGACCAAUAAACUUGAUGGCUUAAUCAAUAUAUUAUUAAUAUUUCAUUAAUGUGUUUUUGUCAAUUGUGGUAUAGCUGAUUAAAAUAUUGAAAAAGAAGUAUAAACAAAUGCUAUAAGCUUGUAUUGUAUUAUAUUGAAAGCUGACAUAACAAAUUAUAUGCUAAAAAUCAUUUGUUAAAGCUUUACCGAACGUGUCUUUUUGUAGAUAAAACCCAAUUGCAAACUAGUUUAGCUUUAAAUUAAUAUAAACAUCGUGUAAUGUUUGCUGCAUAAAGAGGAAUCAUUAACCGAUUUAAACAAAGGUAUGCGUCUGUGUUAUGGCAAUUGUCUGGUGAAACACGACAAUUUUUUUUAUCUCUCAAUGAACGGCUGAUAUAUGUGCUGUAAUGUUUUUUAAUAAAAAAAAAAAUGUUUGCAAAAUUAAAUUGUUAACUUUUCGGAUUUUUCAUUAACGUCAUGAAAUAUUCUUUAUUUUGUUUAAGUUCUCUUGAUGUCCAUGUCAAUCAAAUUAAACAUAUCAUGAUUAAUCUUUAAACGAAGCGAAAAUAAUAAUUCGUCUCUCGUUAUGGAGAGAUUUCUUCGACAUUGACGUUGAUAACAUGUUUUACUACAUGUGAGGAAAAUAUUAUUGUGACUCUGUUGUACGA